AUGUAUAUCGUCAGUGCCACCACCGAGAUUGCUGCCCCACCGGCAACCGUCCGAGCCAAGCUCCUGGACUUCAAAUCCAUUCCAACCUACAGCCCUAAUGGCUUCAUCCGCUCGAUCACCCCUGUCGCAGACAAGCUACCUCCUAGUCUCGAAGCCGGAGACCAGCUCAAGUGUGUCGUCGGCUACGGGAAGAUGAAGUUCACAUCGAGCGUCCUAGAAAACUCUCCAUCCAAGUUCAGCUGGAGCGGCUCCUUCCUCGGCAUCUUUAUCGGGGAGCACAUGUUCCGCUUUGAAGAGGUCCCCGGCGACAAAAACCGGACUCGAUUCGUCCAUGAAGAGCACUUCACGGGUCUAAUCUCGUUUCUCAUUGGCGAGAACGCCAUUGCCAGAAGUCUUGGGAUGAGGGCCGACACCCAGAAGGGCUUCGAAGAGUAUAAUCGGGAUUUCAAAGCUUGGGUUGAGAGAGAGGACCCGGCAAACUGA